ACUGAUUCUCUUUGUGUCCCUCUCUUGCACCGCACGUCUGCAGAUUGAUUGUAUUUAAAACCCAGAGGGCCCUGAAUUGCGCAAUUCCUGGGAGAACCCGCGAGGCCUUCAUCCACUCUCUAUUUCAUCCAUUCUAUUCCCCUCCAUCGCUCAAUAGGUGCAUUAGAAAUCAUGGCCGGCAGUCAGAGAAGGAUCGCCAAGGAAUUGGCAGAAAUCACCAAAGACACUCCUGAAGGCGUGACAGCCAAUCUCGUGGAUGAAUCGGACGUGUACAGAUGGAGCAUAUUAAUGGAGGGCCCCGAGGACUCACCGUACGCUGGUGGCCAGUUCAAGCUCCUGCUUACCCUUCCGGUCGACUAUCCUUUCAAGCCCCCUGCGCUCAAAUUCGAAACGAAAAUCUACCACCCCAACGUUACGAAUGACGACAAGGGCGCAAUGUGUCUGGGCAUCCUCAAGAGCGAAGAAUGGAAACCAUCGAGCAAGAUCUCGGCCGUGUUGCGCACCGCACGAUCACUGCUGGCCGAGCCGAACCCAGACGACGCGGUAGAGACGAGCAUUGCGGAACAAUUUAAGAAUGAUCGCAAGGAAUUUGAACGCGUGGCUAAGGAAUGGGUCACGCGCUACGCCAGCAAGCGCGCUUAAGCCCUUUUUCUCUCUCUCUCUCUCUCUCUCUCUCUCUCUUCAGUGGCCUGGGCUCU